ACGCCCACCACAGAAGCUCGCUUGUCGCCUGUCAGUGGCAGGGAUAAACCAGCUGCGCCUCCCGUCCGGUCGGGAUCCUUAGCAUCCCCGCGUAACGCUCAAACAUCAUAAAACAGCAGCAGGCAAGAUGGCUGAGAUGGGGAAAGGGGUCACCGCGGGCAAACUGGCCAUCAACAUGCAGAAGAAACUGACGCGAGCCCAGGAGAAGGUGAUGCAGAAGCUGGGCAAAGCAGAUGAGACAAAAGAUGAGAUGUUUGAAGAAAGUGUACAGAACUUCAACAAGCAGCUGAUGGAAGGAACCAAACUACAAAAGGAUUUGAGGGCCUAUUUAGCAGCUGUUAAAGCUAUGCACGAGUCAUACAAAAAGCUGUCAGAAUGUCUGGAAGAGGUAUAUGAGCCAGAGUGGUAUGGGAAAGAAGAUGUGACCACCAUAGUUGAGAAUACUGACUUGCUGUGGAUUGACUUUCAUCAAAAACUGGUGGACCAUGCUCUGAUCUCCAUGGACACAUACCUUGGGCAAUUCCCAGAUAUCAAGGCACGCAUUGCCAAACGUGGCCGCAAACUGGUGGACUACGACAGUGCUCGGCACCAUUUUGAAUCCUUGCAGCAUGCCAAGAAAAAAGAUGAAGUGAAAAUUGCCAAGCCAGUCUCGCUGCUUGAGAAGGCCGCCCCCCAGUGGGCCCAGGGGAAACUGCAAGCUCAUCUUGUUGCUCAAACUAACCUGCUGAGAAACCAGGCGGAAGAGGACUUGGGCAGAGCCCAGAAGGUCUUUGAGGAGAUUAACAUGGAUCUGCAAGAGGAACUACCAUCCCUGUGGAACAGUCGUGUGGGAUUCUACGUUAACACAUUCCAGAGUGUUGCUGGUCUGGAGGAGAACUUUCACAAGGAGAUGGGAAAGAUGAAUCAAGAUCUCAACAAUGUUCUAACCAAACUGGAUGAACAGCACAAGUCCAAUCCACCCAGAAAAAUAAAUAAAUCAUCAGAGAAGACCACAAAAUCUGUGAAAAGCUUCAGUGGACCACCUGUGAUAGAAACAACUUCUCCACCUCCUAACUCCGAAGCCAAGGAUGCCAAUCACUCUCCCUCCUCCUCACCAGUGUCUACACCAGUGCUGUCCAUUCCCAAAUCUCCAUCUCAGCUGAAGAGAGGGCCUCCAGUUCCCCCGCCUCCCAAACUCACGCCCUCCAAGGAGCUCAAACAGGAGAACAUCCUUAACCUCUUUGAUGACAAUUUUGUUCCUGAAAUCAGUGUGACAACCCCCUCACAGUUUGAGGCCCCUUUGCCUCAAGAGGGAGCCAGCUUGUUGGAUCUGGAUUUCGAUCCAAUCAAAAGCUCAGCAAGUCCAGGCGGGACAGGAGUCUCUCCUGCUCAACAGCCUUUAUCAUGGGAUUUAUGGGAGCAUGAACAGAAUCCUUCCACUGCUCAGGGGCCGACUGGGGAGCUCUGCGGGGACGCCUCUGCAGCCGACAGUGGUUUUGCUGUGGAGAGGUCCACCCAGCCCUCUGACUCUACUACAGAAACUUCACAAAUCAAUCCUGAUAAAACAGAGACAAGUAGCGAUUAUACCAGUGGAAAUGGAGCUGCCUUUACCACCACAUCUGCUAAUUCUCUUCCUGCUGUGGUUGCAGAGACCUUGCCACCAACAGCCAAUGGUGGUGCUAAUGAGAGCAUGCCAUCAGACACUGGGGAUCUGCCACCUGGAUUUAUUUUUAAGGCUCAAGCAAUGCAUGACUAUAAUGCAACUGACUCUGAUGAGCUGAAUCUGAAAGCAGGUGACCUUGUGCUUGUGAUGACCUAUGAGAAUCCAGAUGAGCAGGAUGAGGGGUGGCUUAUGGGAAUCAAAGAAGCUGAUUGGCUGCAAGAAAGAGAUCUGAAAGCCAAAGGAGUUUUUCCUGAAAACUUUACUCAGAAACUGUAACUUAAGUUUCAACUGGAUGCUCACGCCCCUAUGGCAAAGGUUUGAAUUUCCUCAGCCUACAGCUAUGGUUUUACUAAACUGAGCCAUGAGGAUUAUUUUGCCAGUGAAGGUCUGCCCUAUGUGCAAUGGAUCCCUGUUCAGGAGAUUGUUAUCAUUUUAAUAAUGCUGUUGCAAUGCAUUUGUAUUGUGCUUCUCCCCACUCGUAACCCAGGACAAACUUUUCAUUACUGGAGAAGAAGGCCAUUUGUCUUCUGGGUACAAGAAUGAACAAGUCAGGGGUUGUGAAGAAUAUAAAAACUCUGCUUCAGUGUUCAUAUCUCAAAGCGGUGUGUGUAGCAGGUGUUAUUUGUGCACCCUGCAGCUGUGAAAUUUAAGAUUUUUCUUCUUUUUUUUAUCUCCAAGCAUCACCUUGACAUUUCACCUAUGAUAUGUGUAUAGUGUGAUGAGGAAUCAGAAUCUUCAGCUCAGGGUCACUAUUGACCAGUGGAACAAUCAGGCUGUCAUCUGCUUUCUUCACUUCCAUUGCACCCUUUUUUCCUCAUUAUGUGGCAAAUACUUGCAUGCUUCAUUUUACACUUUAGCUUUAGUAAACUAGCUGUCUGUAUGUGCUGCCUGUGAGUACUCCAGUCUCGCUCUUCAGGUUGUCACGCUGUCUUUAAAUUUAUAUUUCAGAUUAGCUAACUAAAAAUGAUUUUAAAUGAAAGAAUAUAUAUUGCAAGAUAAUGUCUUGAGUAGCAGAGCUGGGAUGUUUUGGGAGGAUGGCUGAUACUCCAGUCGCCCUAUAGAUCCCAGAGUCUGCCAUGUUUUAAUGGAAAUUCUUACUUUUCUUUUCCAAAGUCUUCUGUGAGCCCCUAGUCAUUCUCCAUCCCAUGGAGUUUUUUGCAACUUCACAGCCGAACCUCUGGUUAUAGUUUUGGCUUCUAAUACUAAACGUUUAGCUAGGAAGCAUUGACGCCUUCAUUUGCCUGCCCUAUAGGGAGGUAAGACCAGCAGUAGCCCAUCAAACAUGGUUUUUCCAGAAUGAAGUUAAUCAUCAUUUUAGGAAAUUAAUGAACUUUGUUAGUUUCUAUGUAACCUGUCUACGUGGCAGGCACUAGAAAUGUGGGCUCCUUGUUUUCGGCAUUUUUGAACAGGAAUAACUCAGAAGCCAUACUUUUGUGUUGGCUUCAUAGACAUAAUGUGCACAAUACAUGGCUGCUAAUUUUGAAUAAUACUUGGUGCUUACAGCUGUCAAGAGAAGAAGGUAAUGAUGUUGUGAUGAUAUCCCAAAAGAGCUGGAACCCAACAUCACUUUGGCCAGUAUUCUGUUUUCAAUUCCUACCCUGGUUAUUGUGAAUUACUUCGUUCUACCUUAUGGUUUUUCCACACCACCUUGGACACCAAGUAAAACACUUAAACAUGAAAUGCACAGACAGAUUCUUGUAAACCUCAUGAUGCCAUUUGUUUGAAUUCAGCUGCUGUGCUUCCUAAACCUAAAUGAGCAGGUGAACACUUGCCUUGGUGACAGACUCAAUUCCUAUUUACAGUACGUUCUUUGAAAAAGCAAGCGAGUCCACCAGUCUAUUUUUUGUCCAGCUGCAAUUGGGCAACUGGAGGCAGAGGAAAGCCCUACGUCCUUCUAUACACAAGCUACUCAACACUGAAGGUGGAACUGGACUGGAUCCCUUAGAUUGGCUCUUGGAGUUUGCAUCAAUGGGGUUGUACUGGAUACAAAAACUUGAAGUUUGUGCUUGUUUCCAAAAUGCUGCCCAUUUUACACCCAGACCAAGUCCCGGUUACUCCUGUUUUCCUUUGCCAUUCAGAAACGUCAAAAAAAAAUGCAGUUCCUAGGAGUGACACUUUUUUUGUCUUUUGGAUGGUUGUGCAUAGUUUCUGGGUGGAAAGAGGGCAACUUUGGAAAUCCAGCCAUGAUACAGUGUAUUCCUUUAAAAAGAUUUGUGAAAGUGUUUUCUUGUUGUACAUCCUGUGAUAUGUCUGGUCUGCAAGAAUAAAAUGGACAAUAAUCUCUA